AUGUUAUCUGCGUUGAGGCGCUUGCGACUCCCAACGAAGCCGCGAAUGUCAUGGAUCGACGCCAUCUGCACCAAUCAGUCUUCUGUACCGGAAAGAAACCAUCAGUUGGGUCUGAUGCCGCGGAUUUACAGCGAAGCUGCAAGCGUGGUAGUCUAUCUGGGCGAGAGCAGUGAAGUCGAAAACAGCGACGACGCCAUGGACUGGCUACGCGAAUCUCAAGAGUCCUCGCUGACUUCGGGUCGUCAAACUGUACAGGGAUCGAUUCCGUCGCUGUUGCGGCGGCCAUGGUUCCUGCGCACGUGGGUCUUGCAAGAGAUUCAGCUGGAAAGGAGAGCGACUGUGGUUUGCGUGAGCAGAGAAGUCGGUUAA